AUGCUGCUCAUAUUUGGAAAAAGCCUUGCUGUACUAGGAAUUAAUCAACUAGGUACAUUUAUGUUUAGUAAAAAUCAUCUUUCCACUAUGUUCAGGAUUUUAGGUUUUAAGACAACCUCACAAUUUUCCAAGACUAGUACAAAAGAAGUAUAUUAGUCAAAAUCCAAAUUUUAUCAAUUUUCACUGA